AUGCCUCUGGAUGAUCCCUUGGCCUAUAUCACAAGCGAUAUUUUAUUCACAUUCGUGCCACCUCCGGCCCCCGAAAUCCGAAGUGCAUCCAUCCAUCAUACAAUUAUCUCCCAGGAAGGCAUUCUCCCAGGUUCGGGAUCUGUACCCUCCGCGAAUCCGAGGCAACUUGUGAGCUGGACGACAAGGCCCACGGCCCCUUACAGAACCGAAAACAACAGAGCCGAUAUAGCAAAUAUGUCAGGCGAAUGGUUUCCCGUGCUUCAUAAGGCCAAUUCUCCGGGUGGUGAACUCUUCGGUUUUAGGAAGCUUGCGUUUCUGGAUGACGGUGUGCUUGUAUGGCCUAUUGCUACGAUUCCUGGCGUCCGAAAAGUGGCUCUUUUUGGUGGAAGCUUUGAGGUCAAUUCCGGUAGCCAGGAUCGAACAAGGUGGUGA